AUUGAGCAUGUCUGAAUGAAUUGUGUUGAAUUCCACCAGCGACGUGGCGUUUCCUCAGAAGAAGAAGAGGGCGAGGUGGACAGUGAGGUGGAGUUACCAAGGAGACGACGGCCGACCAGUAUAACCAAGUGCCAAUCAGUAUCCACUUUCAGCUCCGAGAACCUUUCCGUGUCCGAGGGAGAGGAGGGCCACACCACUGACCACUCCCACAGCGGCACGCCAGACGUGGUCAGCACCAACACCGACGAGCGACUGGACGAUCGCAGCGAUGACCUCAUCUCCCAGGGAUCUGAGAUCCCUGUUGAUAUUACAGACCCUACUCUGUCCGAAAGAGAGGCCGCUGCCCUCGAACAGGAGAGGGCCAACUUUGACCUGGAACAAAAUAUCCUGGAGACUCGCGCGUUGUGUGAGGACUCGGACUGUGACAGUGCUGAACUCGACCAAUCAGGGAGCGGAGAGCCAAGUCGUCCCCCGAGCGCAGGAGGCUGGGGCCAGGGUCCUCAAAACUGAAAUGCACACACACACACACACCCACCAGCACACACUUUCACUUUUAGUUGCACCAAAGCAAAACGAACACAGAUUUUCGUGAAACACGUGUGCGCACACAUCCUCUGAGAAACGCAACUACACAAAACGACUAGCCACCUUAAGAACAAAUACUCCGAGACUGGUCAUAACAACUUUUGGAUCGUAAACUGCCUCGUGACCAGGACGUAGCCACGGAAAAUAUAGCAAGACAAGAUUAGCGGCAACCUGCUGCUAGAGAUGAGGAUUACAGGAACUACGUGAACAGAUCAAUGCAAUUAAAAACUUCAGGGCAUUCCCAAUAAGCAGCAAUGAUGUUAUCAUUAGGUUUGUGCUGUUGUAGUGCAGACAGACUUCCUGGUGGGCCAGAAUCGUGUCCGUUCAUGUGUCCAAGGCUUGUGGUUAGCAGUCGAUGUAAAGUCAGAGUCUAGAUCGAAUAUGUAGUGCUGGAUGAAACUCCUGAUCACAGGAAUCUCUGUCCUCCAGCCUGGAUAAAGUAGUUUUGCCAAAACUGCACCCCAGUAAUCUGUUCAGACGUGACGGAAAUGAAGUUGCUCACAGUUUGGGACUGACUUCACUACUAUGUACAGAUGCUUCCCUUCCAAAGCAUUUACAAGGUGCAUAUACAAAUGUGAUUCUAUUAUGACUAUAAUGCCCUGAAUUUCUGUAAAUAUAUAUUUAGUAGGCUAAAUUUAAGAAAACAAAAAAGAAAACUAUUUGUUAACAUAAUGAAAACACAAUAAAAACGGUCCAGUUUAUACUAUUCGCCUGUGCUUGUGCCACCCUACCAUGGCAGCUCAGAUCGGUUUGGAGA